UAAAAGGAGACAGAACAAAUCAGUACUUCAUUAUGUAUGUAAAAUACCCUUACAACACAGGGGAGAACCCUACUUUUUAGAUAAACAGGGAGCUCAGAGUCUCCUGCCUCCAUAGGAGAGACAGAACAAUGGAUGGCUCUUGAAGUUACCUGGAACUCAAAAGACUUCAGGGGCAUAACUGGUGUCUCUCUUGCUAAGGAUUUAUGCUUGUCUGCUACUUCAGUUACUAUCCACUAUAUCACAAGUGGAUCUACACUGAGAUGCUUAAAAGAUCUGAACGAGAACUUUCUUUAAAAAAUAAAAUAAACAUGCUUGUUGCUGAAAAAGAAACAAACUUGGGCACAAAAAGAUUUUCAAAAAGAAGGUUUGAACAAUUAUUAGCAUCAGAGGACGAAUCUGCUGCUGAAGAUGUUCAGGCUAAAUCACGGAAAACAAUACGCAAAGAGGCAGAAAUAGUUGCUGCUAAGCAGUUAGUUAAUGGUGUGAAGGACAACCAAGGUGAUGAUGAAGCUCCAGAAACACGCCGAAGAAUGGAAGGCCGUAUUAGGAAAUUAGAAGAAGAGAACAAACAACUGAGGCAGUUGAUUGUUACAGACUUGCCUGGUAUUUUAGAUACUUUGAAAACAACAACAGAGCAGCUGAUAGCACUGAAGAAUGAUGGGGGCAGUUGUUUGGGUCCAUCCUCUUCAUCAGAAUCCAUCUCAUCUCAAGAGUUGCACUCCUCUCAAAAUCAAGCCGCAUCCUCUAAGCCUAAACGGAUGGAGCUUCAUCCUGGUACCAGGGUGUAUUUGUCUGCGCCGCAGUGGGCGGCCGCUCAGCAAUGUAGUACAGCGUCUGCAUUUGUUAGAGCGGUUAUCAUGUGUUUAUUUGACACUGACACAUUACUAAAAAGCAAUUUCAAAGGUGGUGCCUCCAAGCGUCUGACAGAUGGAGAGAAACGGGUGCCAUUAGACCCUGUGAAAACAUCAGCUCUGACAGCUGCAACUUUAGAAAAAUUUCCGGGGACUUCAAAAGGUGUCAUAAGUGAUGCCGUCAACAGGAAAAUUGCAGAAUUAAAAUUUCGACUGAAGGAAACGGUGAAGACCUCAGCAGAUUUACAGAAAUAAUUUUUAUAAUGCAAUUAAGUUUCAAAA